AUGGCUCCUCCACAGUGGACUACCUCCGUCCUGGUGGCUUCCCUCAUCCUUGUCCUAUGGUCCGCCUCUGCGUGGUCAGAUUCCUCCACCAACCCAUCGGCUCUCACCAGGUUCAAGAGAGGUCCGAUUACACCUGACACCAAACAGAAAAUUGAGAAAUCCCUCAACGUAGCGGUGAAAACUCUGACUGUUUUCAAAGAUGUGAUGAGUAAGAUUGACCCAAACCAAGUGACCACUGUGCUGAAGGCCCUUGGGGACUUUGCCGCCCUGGCACCAGGCAUCGGCACUGCGAUUGCUGCCGUCAUUGGUCUGGUCUUACUUUUCAUACCAACUGAGGACAAAGUGAUGAAGGAGUUUGCUGAUGUCAACAGGAAGCUGGACUCCAUCUCCAUGCAGAUCUCCCAACUCAAGACUCACGUGAAGGUUUCCAGCUACCUCAGUGCCUACGCUUCAAACGAAGCAACCAUCAUCAAUGCCUGGAAGGAGCUCGAAGAGCUCAAAAAGAAGCAAUUCAAUGAUAAUACGCAAGACAAGAUUGACAAAUUUAUUCAAUACUACAAGGACACAAAUGUGAGGAAGGAUGUUGAUAACUUAUUUCACUUCCUGACAGUGGAAGGCAUAUCCAUCAGUGAAAACAUCAACACUUUGUACAAAGAGAAGUUUAAAUGUCACCUUAAGUACAUGGGUAUAUAUAGCUUGUAUUUAAAUGAUCUGAUGUUGAAGGGAAUGAUUCUGAAUCAGGCUUAUUUAAAACUGACUCAUCAAAGCUCACCUGAUGCUCAACUGGUUGACAAGCUGAAGAAACUCUAUGAAAUUCAAAAAAAUACAUUUAGUGAGUGCUACAACUCCUACGAGAAACAGAUGGAGACGGAUGUGGAGGAGAUCGCUAAAAGCCUCAGUCCUGAUGAUAAAAUGGGCAUCGCUACGCAGGUGAAGGCUCAUCUUGACGAUAAGUACGGCUGGUACAAUUGGCUGGUGGUGGUGUAUAACACCAAAGACGAUAAAAAACACCAGAUAUAUGACAUGACAAAGAUUAAUGCCAACACUGUGACAGUAGCUGUGACCUACACCCUGAAGGUCAGUCCGGCUGAGGAGGAAAGUGUUGGACAAGCAAUCAGUGAAAUAUCGAAAAAAUGUGAUGUUGAACAACUGAGAGAAUAUCCUAUAGUGCUCCCUUCUCCAGGAGGAGGUCGUUCUCAAAGAUACGUCUCUUUGUCUGAAUAUGCCAAGAUAGGAGAUGUGAUACAUAGAAAUAAAGACGUUGCAGAAUUCCCAGAGCCCUUACGUAUAAUCAAAUGUAAAAAUAGGAUACACAAGAGUGUUGCUCUGCACUACUCCAGGAAGGUAGAGGUUUGCGCACCGAACCCAUGUCAGAACGGCGGAGUGUGCAAGAGGCUGCUGGAGUCCAAUGACUUCCUGUGUGAGUGUCAGGACAGUUUCUAUGGAGACUUAUGUGAGAAGAAAGUUGACACAGACAAGAUUACUGAGAUGCUCAGGGACGUUCCCUUCACCGUCCCUGUAAGAGAACCACCAAAGAUUACUAUCGCCAGGGGGUAG